CCAAUCCCAGCUGUGUGUGUGUCUGAAAAAAAGCACAGCUUGACUUCCUCGCACAUUCCUCUACUCUAUAGAAUGAGGCUUGCUGAAACCAUGAGGACAACUUUAGGAAUUGGAGGAAUUGGUUACUUAAACCUGCUAAAAUGUGAACAGGCUGCACGCCUCGCUGGAGUGUCUUGCAGACAGUUGUCAAGCAAUGGGCACCCGAAAAUGCCCCCGUGCAGCUUCCAGCCUGAAAAGUAUGAGUCACUACCAUAUGAACGUAUUGUAGAUAUCCGCCAGAACAACGUGUCUCCUGCAUUAAAAACAUAUUAUCAGAAACCUCUCCUAUUGCAUCAGGGUCACAUGCAAUGGGUCUUUGAUUCUGAAGGCCACCGCUACCUUGAUUUAUUUGCAGGAAUUGUGACCGUUAGUGUGGGCCAUUGUCACCCGAAAGUCACAGAAGCAGCUCGAAAGCAGAUGGACCGUCUGUGGCACACAACCAAUAUCUACUUACAUUCCCCAAUCCACGAAUAUGCUGAGAAACUGACAAGUCGGUUACCGGGGAAACUAAAGGUGCUGUAUGUGACGAACAGUGGAUCAGAAGCUAAUGACAUGGCAUUGCAUAUGGCAAGGCUGCACACUGGCAAUUUUGAUCUAGUUGGCCUCAGGACUGGUUACCAUGGAGCAAGUCCUUACACUCUGGGAAUGACCGCAUUUGCAGCUUACAAAGGAGGAGUUGCCAAUGGGUUUGGCUGCUACUCGACAAUGUGUCCAGAUGUAUUUCGUGGUAUCUGGGGAGGAAGCCGUUGCAGGGAUUCUCCAGUACAAACAAUUCGGAAUUGCAGUUGCCCUCUCGGUUGUUGUGAAGCCAAAGAUAAAUAUAUUGAACAAUUUAAGGAAACUUUAAAUACUUGCACAUCAAAGAAAAUAGCUGCUUUUAUUGCUGAACCAAUCCAGGGUGUUGGAGGAGCAGUUCAGUAUCCCAAAGGUUUUCUAAAAGAAGCUUAUGAGCUCAUACGAGAGAAAGGAGGGCUAUGCAUUGCAGAUGAGGUCCAAACUGGCUUUGGGAGAACAGGAAGUCAUUACUGGGGUUUUGAGACUCAUGAUGUAAUACCAGAUAUUGUAACAAUGGCAAAAGGAAUUGGUAAUGGAUUUCCAAUGGCGGCUGUGGUAACAACUCCAGAGAUUGCCAAUUCCUAUGCCCAGGCUUUGCAUUUCAAUACAUUUGGAGGAAAUCCUGUUGCUUGUGCAGUGGGCUCAGCCGUACUAGAUGUCAUUGAGGAGGAAGGUUUGCAAAAUAACUGUAAAGUUGUUGGAACCUACUUGCUGCAAAAGCUUGAAAAACUCCGGGAUAGUUUUGAAAUUGUUGGAGAUGUCCGUGGCAAAGGACUUAUGGUGGGAAUCGAAAUGGUCCAAGAUAAGAAAACACUUCAGCCUCUCCCUUUGGACCAGAUGAACCUCAUCUGGGAAGACUGCAGAGAGAUGGGGCUACUAAUUGGAAAGGGUGGACUAUAUAACCAGACAUUUCGUGUGAAGCCUCCCAUGUGCAUCACUAAGGAAGAUGUCGAUUUUGCUGUAGAUGUUCUGCAGGUGGCAUUAACAAAGCAUAUGGAAAGAUCAUCGACAUGAGCCCAUAGACAAGAAAUUUUGAUUGAAUCUCUCUGGUAGAGAAUGUGAUAAGGGCACUAGGGCAGUAGGAAUGAAGAAAAAACAAAAACAAAAAAACAAACUUCAAAAAUGUUUACGCAUUAUGGGAGCAAAAUUUAAAUGUAAUACAAACACUGUUAAUAUUGUAAAGCGCUACGGAAUCUGUUGGCGCUAUAUAAAUGGCGAUAAUAAUAA